UCCAGACUGUUUCCUUGUUUAGGUCACUAUGGCUUUCCUGAAGUGUAGCAUGCUGCUGUGUAAAGUGACCUUAUUUUUGCUGUUGUCUCUCCUUGAUGUUGGAGAGGGACAGUAUAAGGGGCUCAGGAAGUUCAGUCAAGUGCAGGACUCCCAGCACUGGGCUGCGUCUGAGGAGCAGUGGUUCAUACAGAAACUGGAUCACUUCAACGGUGCAGACAGCCGAGUGUGGAAGCAAAGGUACUUUGUAAAUGAAACCUUCUACAGGCCUGGUGGCCCAGUCUUCCUGAUGAUCGGUGGAGAGGGGCCAGCCAAUCCAGCAUGGAUGCAGUACGGCACCUGGCUCACCUACGCUGAGAAGCUGGGAGCACUUUGCUUGAUGCUGGAACAUCGAUUCUACGGAAAGAGUCACCCGACAGUGGACCUCAGCUCAGACAACCUGCGCUUCCUCAGCAGCCGCCAGGCGCUGGCCGACCUGGCACACUUCCGCACCGUGCUGGGCGAGAAGCACGGCCUGAGCAACAGGAAGUGGGUGGCGUUCGGCGGCUCGUACCCGGGCUCCCUGGCUGCUUGGUUCAGGCUGAAGUACCCUCAGCUGGUCCAUGCCUCUGUGGCCACCAGUGCACCUGUCCACGCUGCGGUCAACUUUCCAGAGUACUUGGAGGUUGUGCGGCGCUCUCUGGCCUCAGAGAACGCGGAGUGCCCGGACUUGGUGAAAAAGGCUUCGGAUUCGCUCGCUGAACGCCUGAAAGACCCGAAAACCUACGACAACGUAACCAAAGACUUCAAUUUGUGUUCCACACUUACGAUUAAGACAGAGACGGACUCUGCCUACUUCCUGGAAACACUGGCUGGCAACUUCAUGGAUGUGGUCCAGUACAAUCAAGACAACAGGGCAUUUGAGGGAGCGUUGGGCACCAACAUCACCAUCAAGGUGCUCUGCAGCAUGAUGGCCGACACUUCACUGGGAGAUCCUUAUGCCCGAUAUGCUGCCGUGGCCCACCUCAUGAUGGAAACUUUCUCCAUUAAAUGUCUGGAUGCGAGCUUCAGUAACUACGUCAGGGACAUGACAAACACGUCGUGGGAUGGACCGGCUGCAGGGGGAGGGAGACAGUGGGUCUACCAGACCUGCACUGAAUUUGGAUUCUACCAGAGCACUGAUUCCCCCAACCAGCCAUUCACUGGCUUCCCUCUGCAGUAUCAGGUGAAACAAUGUGCAGACUUCUACAACGUCAGUGCUGAUCAGGUGGCAGAGGCCGUCGCCCAGACCAAUGAGUAUUACGGCGGCUAUGACAUCCGCUCCAGCAGAAUAGUCUUCCCCAACGGGUCGAUUGACCCCUGGCAUGCCCUGGGCAUCACCCAGGACAUAUCACCUGACCUCCCUGCUGUUUUCAUCGAAGGAACAGCUCACUGCGCUAACAUGUACCCGGCCAGGAGCGAGGAUCUCCUAAAGCUGUCUCUGGCUCGUGACCACAUCUUCUUACUGCUCCAGCAGUGGUUAAAGGAAUGACUGACGCUUACAUAAACUGGCCGAUGACUUUGGAAAACAAACCUAUCACUCUAGAUCACCUACACUGGAACGGGACCGCUUAUUUUACUGCCAAAUUCUCUGAGAGUUUUGACAUGCCACAAGUGUCAGGAGACACAAAAUGCAGGUGUAUGAAAUGAGCAAGAUGCAUUUGAGCUGAUGAAUAAAGAUGUUUUUUAUGA